CGGCGUGAAGAAGGGAUGAGGCCGCGCACGGGGACUCCAGCGGGCCACAGCUGCGGCCUUCUUCUCACCACAGCCGGCGGCAGCCGAGCCACUGCGAACGCAACACCGCCACCGUCACAUCAGCAUCUUUGGUCAUCAGGCAGAUCCAGGAGCAUGAGCAGAACUUUGAGCUGCGGGAGCAGAUGUCUGGCUACAAGCGCAUGCGGCGGCAGCACCAGAAGCAGCUGAUCGCCCUGGAGAACAGGCUCAAGGCCGAGAUGGACGAGCACAGGCUGAGGCUGCACAAGGAGUUGGAGACGCAGGCCAACAGCACGUACGCCGAGCUGGAGCGGCUGGCCAAGCGCCACGCCGCCCAGACCGACAAAGAGAUGAAGUCGGUGGCGGCGGAGGAGAGGCGCAUCCAGCAGCAGAUCGCAGCUCAGCAGAAGAAGGAGCUGACGUCCUUCUUGGAGAGCCAGAAGAGAGAGUACCGACUCUGCAAGGACAAAAUCAAAGAGGAGAUGAGCGAAGACCCGUGCACCCCGAGAGAGGAGAAGCAAGAGCGUCUUUCGCGGCACAAGGAGACCAUUCAGCGCUCGCAGGCCGAGGAGGAAGCCAACCUGCUGGCGCAGCAGCGGCUCGUCUACGAGCGAAGCUGCCGGGCCCUCAAGCGCCGAAGUCUGCUCAGGAAGCACGACUUUGAGCAGGAGCAACUCAGAGAGGAGCUGAACAAGAAGAGGAGCCAGAAGGAGAUGGAGCACGCCCUGAUGAUCCGCCAGGACGAGGCCACCCAGGACCUGGAGCAGCGGCAUCUUCACGUGCUCCACAAGCUGCGCGUGGAGCUCAUGCGGCUGCAGCACCAGACCGAGCUGGAGAACCAGGAGGAGUACAACAGCCGCAGGCAGCACGAGCUCCUGCGCAAACACGCCUUGGAGCACAGGCAGCAGCCCAGAGACCUCAAGGCGCUGGAGCUGCAGAUCAAGAAGCAGUUCCAGGACACGUGCAAGGUUCAGAACAAGCAGUACAAAGCUCUGCGCAACCACCAGCUGGAGGUCUCGCCCAAAGCGGAGCACAAGAGUCUCCUCAAGGGGCUGAAGGAGGAGCAGACCCGCAAGCUGGCCGUGCUGGCCGAGCAGUACGAGCACUCCAUCAACCAGAUGACGGCCUCGCAAGCGAUGAGGCUGGAGGCGGAGCAAGAGGCGGAGUGCGAGGCCUUGAAGCAGCAGCUGAAGCAGGAGAUGGAGCUGCUGGACGCCUACCAGAGGAAGACCAAGUCCCAGAUGGAGAGCCAGCACCAGCGAGAGCUGCAGAAGCUGGAGCAGAAGGUCUCCAUCCGCCGGGCCCACCUGGAGCAGAAGAUGGAGGAGGAGCUUUCGGCUCUGCAGAAGGAUCGCAGCGAGAGGAUCAAAACUCUGCUGGAGCGUCAGGAGCGAGAGAUUUUGUCCUUUGACAGCGAGACUCGCAUCCUGGGCUUCGGGAGUCUGGGGUCUUUGGACUUGUUCCUCAAGGACGACAACAGAUGAAAGCGGACCAGCCGGCGGCCAUCUUUUCCUUCCUUCCUUCCUUCCUUCCUUCCUUCCUUCCUUCCUUCCUUCCUUCCUUCCUUCCUUCCCUCCUUCCUUCCUUCCUUCCUUCCUUCCUUCCUUCCUUCCUUCACGCCGGAAGCCGGGCGGAUCCGGCCACUAGCCGUCUUGGGAUUAGUCGUCCGUCCCCCUUUGUCUGGAUUUUUGGUAUCAAGUGAAUAAUUCAGGAAAUUUUUUGCUAAAAUGGGCACUUUGAUAUGUUUCAGUGGAACUCCAUGGUGUGUGCGUGUGUGUAGAGAAGGGGUGGGCAAAGUGUGGCCUGGGGGUCAACGGGGCCAAAUCUCUUCUCCAAUCGGGCCCACGGUGGGCCAAAUGACUUUUUUUUGUUUUGUUUUGGAUGGCGUCAUUGUAAAGUGCUGUUUUUCCCACCCACGGCACAAUCCAGAUCUUCUUCUGCUCUAAUGAGGCCAAUUGUCAGCCAAAAGUCCAAAUGUUACUUGCAAGCAAGAUCCACUUUUGAUUUUUGACCUCUUUGCGGUUGAAAAUCCAAACGUGAGCACAAAACCUUUGCCCACCCCACGCCCGGCCGGGACAUGCUGGAAUGUGAGCUGACGACACCCA